AUGCCCACGGCACACAACGAGGUCUUCGAUAUCAUCAUCAUCGGCGCCGGCCCCUGCGGCCUCGCUGUCGCCGCUCGACUACGCGAAGAAACGCCGUCGGCCAUGUUCACCGACGAAGAGCAUCAGCGAUACCACUGGAUCAAGAAACACCAGGGGAAAAUGAGUCUGGUGCGAGCUCGACAGCGCCGGGUACAUGGCACGCCCCUCACGCCGUGCACCUACAUGUCUUGUGGCGGCAGGAAAGGAGACUACUAUAAUGAUGAGAAUAGAUACUCGGCUCUAGUGCUGGAUGGUUCGGGACCUCGGUGGAUGGAGCGCUGGAAUUGUGCCUUCAAGGCCUUAAAGAUCGGUCACUUGCGCAGUCCUAUGUUUUUCCAUAUCGACCCGGCGGAUCGGGAUGGCUUGCUGGCGUAUACGCGCGAAAUGGGCCGCGAGAAAGAGCUUUAUGAGCUUUCUGGGUGCGUGGGACAGGAACUGAGUAAGCAUAAGAGGAAGAAGAUACGGAAUCCGUCGAGGUUCCCGCACGAAGCAGAAAUUAACGAGCGCGACCGGAAGGAUUAUUUCACCCCCUCGACAAACCUAUUCGCGGAUUACUGCCGCUCAAUCGCUGCGCGAUACGGACUCGAUGAAGAGAAUCACGAAAUCAGACAUUCGGAUGUCUGCGAUAUCCGGUUUGGUGAGAUCGAGAAAGGUUCAAAGGAUGACACCAAGUUGUUUACUGUAUCCACCUCGCAGGGGAAUACUUUUCAUAGUAGAGCGGUCGUAUUGGCGAUUGGUCCUGGGACUACCAAGCUGAUGCCUUGGGAUCUGUCGCCAGAGGAGGAAAACAUGGGCGCUGCCUGCUGUCAUAGCUCAGAGAUCGGAGUAAAGUUUCCCAGUCCGAGUCUUGCGCGGAAGAUUGAAAAUCGGCAGGUAACCAAUUUGGUUGUUGUUGGUGGUGGUCUAUCAUCAGCACAAAUUGCGGAUAUGGCCAUUCGGAAAGGUGUUACUAGAGUCUGGCAUCUUCUGCGAGGCGAUUUGAAGGUCAAACAUUUCGAUGUCAGUCUGAAUUGGGUCGGGAAGUUUAAGAACUAUGAUAAAGCUGUAUUCUGGUCCGCCGAUGAUGAUCAAGAGCGCUUCGAGAUGUUACAGUCUGCCCGCAACGGAGGCAGCAUCACACCACAGUACCAGAAGAUUCUGAAGCAGCACGUCGCUCACAAGCGUCUGUCGAUACACACGCACACCGUCAUCACAAGCAAGCACUUUGAUCCGGUGUCACAGACAUGGAAAUUAAUCACAGACCCGCCGAUUGCAGAUUUACCGCCCUGCAUUGAUUAUAUCUGCUGCGCGACAGGAAUGAAGACGGAUGUCACUGAGAUGCAGCUGCUGCAGUCGAUGAACCGAGACUAUCCGAUUGAAACCAUCAAUGGACUGCCCUGUCUCACGGACGAUCUCAUGUGGAAGACGGGCGUGCCGUUGUUUGUCACAGGACGCCUGGCGUCUCUGCGUCUGGGGCCGGCGGCGCCUAAUCUUGAAGGCGCACGUCUUGGGGCGGAGCGCAUUGCAUGGGCCGUGGAAGACGUGCUGGGAGAUCGGAGCAGAGGCACUACAGACAGUCGACAACAGAGCGCGAGGUAUCAGCGGGCGUUUUGCGGGCUGGGUAACCGGUAUGAGAGUCUGGGCGAGGAGUGGAUAUCCUUUGCAGCAGCCAACCACAGCCGCCGCAUUGGGCGUCCCCCGCGGCUUACAUAUCGCCGGCUUAUCGAUAGCGGUGAGACGCACUCUUGUAUAUGUUCCUACUUUGCACAAGACCGACAUCCUGUGUUGAACAGAGGAAGCGAGAGAAAACAGACUGUCGUCAUGGCCAUCAACGCCUCACCAACAGCCACUGCAGGGCAAGACAAGAAGCUCCGGUUCCUCGUCAUCGGCGCCGGAUCGCGAGGAAAUCGCUAUGCCGAAGCCGUCACCGAAGGCACUUCAGCCCUCAUUCACGCCAUCGCAGAGCCACGGCCCUUUAGCCGCCAGGAGUUUGGCGAGCGCUACAUCUGGGGCGCAAAGGGUCAGCCCGCCGAGGGCCAGGAGUUCCGCGAUUGGAAGGCCUGGCUGAAAUGGGAGCAAGAGCGACGACAGAAACUCGCCGAGGGCGCACAAAAUGUGCCCGAUGGCGUGGACGGGGUUUUCGUGUGUGUUCUAGACGAAAUGCAUGUGGAGGUUAUGUGUGCCAUCGCACCCCUGAAUUUGCAUGUUCUCUGCGAAAAGCCCCUCGCGACGUCGCUGAAGGACUGUCUUGCUAUCUACCGCGCGUAUGUGCCGGAGGGCAAGGAGGAGGUUGGCCCUGCAAAGGUGUUUGGCAUCGGCCAUGUUCUGCGUUAUAGUCCUCACAAUGUGAAAUUACGUCGGCUACUUCUGGCAGAUCGUGUCAUCGGAGAUAUCGUCUCCGUCGAGCACACGGAGCCCGUUGGUCACUGGCACUUUUCGCAUAGUUAUGUCCGGGGCAACUGGAGACGAGAAACCGACGCCGGAGUUGGCUCUCUGCUAACAAAGUCCUGUCACGAUAUUGAUUUCCUCGUCUGGCUGCUCUCGUCUCCGCCUCCGGGCUCACACAAAGACACUCCUCCCCAUCACCCACGCUCCAUCACCUCUUCAGGCAAUCUCACCCAGUUCCUGAACAGGCGCAAACCCAAGGAAGCCGGUUCCGCAACGAACUGUCUCUCCUGUCCCAUUGAACGGAAAUGCAUCUACAGCGCCGUCCGCGUCUAUAAGGAGAGACACCUGGACCAGGGUGUAGUGGACUGGCCACUUCACAUUGUCUGUCCCGAUAUUGAGGACACAUUCAAGACAUCCGGCAGCGCCGCAGCCGAGAAACUCCUAAUGGGCAAAUUGGCAGAGGACUACAACAAGGACUCAACACCAGAUGGCGAAAUUGCCUCUCGCUCCUGGUACGGCCGCUGCGUCUGGGAAUCUGACAAUACUGUCUGCGACGACCAAUUCGUAACGAUAACAUGGGACGACGAUGACAGCAACGAAACUCAAGCUCGUCGUCCUCGAAUUGCCAAAACAGCAAGUCUACACAUGAUCGCGCCGACUGAAAAACAGUGCGAGCGACGCGGACGCGUCUACGGCACCGAAGGCGAGAUUGAGUACGACAGUCGCACAAUCAAAAUCUUCUCAUUUGCGACUAAUGAAUUUACGACCGUCGAGAUUCCUCCUGCCAAAAAUCCCAAGGAAGAGAAAGCGCAUGGAGGCGGGGAUUGGGGAUUAGCACGCAUGUUUGUCGAGGCUAUAGAUGCGGUGGAGAAUAAGGGCCGGGAUGUGCGCGAUGCGCAGACGGAGUUUAUUGGGUGUACUCUGGAGGAAGCAGUGAGGAGCCAUGCAGUUGUCUUUGCGGCUGAGGAGGCUCGCAUAGAAGAGAAGGUAGUGAAGUGGCAGCCAUGGUGGGAUCAGCAGGUGAAAUCGUUUGUUGCUUGA